AUGAUUAGUUCAUUGGUGCUUUUUCACUAUGCACCAUUAGGACAAGGCUAUCAAGCAAGACCUGGGGCACCAGCCUACCAAGGAGCACCAGGUUAUCAACAACCUCCUGGACAGCAUGGGGCACCAGGGUAUGGACAGGGUUACCAAGCACAACAAGGAUAUCAGCAACGCCCACCUGCACAUCAGGGCAUGCAGGGAUACCACAGUCAACCUGGGUACCCUUCCGCACCUCCCCCAGGAGGUCCACACGGAAUGCCAGCACCUCCACCUGGUGCGGAUCCAACACUUUGGAACUGGUUUAUCACAGUUGAUCACGAUAAAUCUGGACAGAUUACGGCUAAUGAAUUGAAGCAAGCUUUAAUUAAUGGCAAUUGGACACAGUUUAAUGAUGAAACAUGUCGAUUGAUGAUAA